AUGGAAGACUUGUACCAUGUUAGUUUCAGUACAGUUGAUGAAAAUUCUAGUUCAUUGAGUGAUAUAUUCUGGGGCACCGAGGAACUGAGUGAAGUAAACAAGGUAAAAUUUUCUAGAUCAGAAGAUCAUGGGGUGUCUCGGGGAGAAGACUACUCUAACUUUGAGUUCUUCCCAGAUUAUUCAUCAGAAGAAGGAUACCUUUUGUCCACUAAUCGAGAAAAGUAUCACCAGCAACAAUCAUACCAUGGUUAUGGGCAACUGGAUGAUAGCCUUCUCUUUGACACGGUCUCUCCACGACUCCAAUUUGAUGCACAAUAUCCAGCCAUGGUUCCAUUGCGUGACACAACAAAGUACAAGCCACGCUCAACCACCCCUUUAGCCUCACUUGAGAUCUUGAAGAACUAUGGCAAGGGCUUCAAGAGGUUAUCCAAUGAAGGCAAAUCCCAGCAGCCAGUAGUUGAUGUGGCUGUGGCCACAAAUGAAGUUGUUUCGGGAAAGCUUUCAACUGAAGAUGUCAUGAGGAUAGCAGGAACAAGGUUCAUCCAAUCAUCAUCUUCAGAGUCAGAACCUUUGCCUUUCUUGGAAACUCAUCCUCAUGGUUCUUUUUUCUCUGGACUCUCUGAUGAGGAGAAAGAGGAUGUGGCACUUGCUGAGUCCCUCUUGGCUUCUGCUGAGAAAGUUGGUCAUCAACAAUUUGAACGUGGAAGCAAGUUGCUAAGUCAUUGCGAAUCAUUGUCAAGCAAAACUGGGAGCCCCGUUAAGAGAAUUGUUCAUUGUUUUGCUGAAGCACUUCGCCACAGGAUAGAUAAAGAAACGGGAAGAGGUUCAUCCAAGGAUUUGCAAAAGGGUCAGUCAUUUGAUCCUGAAGAGGCAGCCAAGGAACUAAGCCCCACUAUUGUUGCAUUUUAUGAAGAGCUUCCCUUUUGUCAAAUUUCAGUGUUCACUGCAGUUCAAGCUAUAAUAGAAGACGUAGCUGAAGUAAAGAAGAUUCAUGUUAUUGAUCUUGAAAUAAGAAAGGGGGGCCAAUGGACUAUCUUAAUGCAAGCUCUUCAGUCAAGACAUGGAUGUCCAAUCGAGCUUCUAAAGAUAACCGCUAUUGAAAGUGGAACCUCAAGACACAUAGUAGAGGACACUGGUAAGAGAUUGAAGGAUUUUGCUCAAGGUUUGAACAUUCCCUUCUCUUUCAACAUUAUUAUGGUAUCAGACCUAUUACAUCUCAGAGAAGCUCUUUUCGACAUUGACCCUGAGGAAACAAUUGCUGUUUAUUCUGAGUUUGCACUUAGAUCAAAGAUUCAACAAUCGGACCGGCUUGAAACCAUCAUGAGAGUGAUUAGAACCUUGAAUCCUAAUGUGAUGGUGGUAGCUGAAAUUGAGGCAAACCACAACUCAAUAUCUUUUGUAAACCGUUUCAUUGAGGCUCUUUUCUUCUUCAGUGCAUUCUUUGAUUGUCUUGAGGCUUGCAUGAAGGGGAAUGAGAUGAACCGAAUGAUUAUAGAAUCAAUAUACUUCAGUCAUGGUAUCAGGAACAUUGUGGCCACAGAAGGAGCAGAAAGAAAGACUAGGAAUGUGAAGAUUGAUGUGUGGAGGGCCUUCUUCUCCCGCUUUGGAAUGGUGGAGAAAGAACUGAGCACUUUGUCUUUAUACCAAGCACAAUUAAUGAGUAAGAGAUUUCCUUGUGGAAGUUUUUGCACAUUUGAUAAGAAUGGGCAGUGCCUUCUUGUUGGGUGGAAAGGAACACCAAUUAUUUCUGUUUCUGUCUGGAAAUUCCUUUGA